AUCUUGCAAGAAAUGGGAGGGAAUUACACAAGUUAAGAUGAGAUUGAAGGUCUCUCUAUCUAUAACUACAAUGCGCUCUGGCUACAAGAGAAGCAUCGAUCGGACAGAGCAGCAGCAGGAGGAGGAGGAGGAGGAGGCGUGGUGUGACUGAGCGAGCUGAUCAGCACCAACACCGGAGCAGGCAUGGCCAUGGCCAGUGAAUGCACGCCCGGACCCGGAGGAGCAACGCGCCGCCUCAUUCUCAUCAUCACAGCACUCGUGGCAUUGAUGCUUGUGCGCCCCUCCUGCUGCACUGCCGCUUCCCAGCCGAGCUCGAGCCAGACGCGGCCGCCGGCGCUGAUCCUGUUCGGGGACUCCAUCGUGGACCCGGGCAACAACAACGGCCUCACCACGGCGGUGCGGUGCGACUUCGCGCCCUACGGCCAGGACUUCCCCGCCCACAACGCCACCGGCAGGUUCAGCAACGGCAAGAUCGUCGGCGACAUCCUCGCCACCCGGAUGGGCCUGAAGCAGUACGUGCCGGCGUACCUCGGCACGGAGCUCAGCGACUCGGACCUCCUCACCGGCGUCAGCUUCGCCUCCGGUGGCUGCGGCUUCGACCCCCUCACGGCCGACAUCGUGUCGGUUCUGAGCAUGGACGACCAGCUGGAGCUGUUCAAGGAGUACAAGGGUAAGAUCAGCCGCAUCGCCGGCGCGCAGCGAGCCGCCGACAUCGUCUCGACGAGCGUCUACCUGGUGGUGACCGGCACCGACGACCUGGCCAACACCUACUUCACGACGCCGCUCCGGCGAGACUACGACCUCGAGUCCUACAUCGAGUUCAUCGUGCAGUGCGCCUCGGCCUUCAUCCAGAAGCUGCACGGCCUGGGCGCGCGGCGGGUGAGCGUCGCCGGCGCCCCGCCCAUUGGGUGCGUGCCGUCGCAGCGGACCAACGCCGGCGGCGAGGAGAGGGCGUGCGUGUCCCUGUACAACCAGGCGGCCGUGCUGUACAACGCGGCGCUGGAGAAGGAGAUCCGGCGGCUCAACGGCACGGCGCUGCUCCCGGGGUCGGUGCUCAAGUACAUCGACCUCUACACGCCGCUGCUGGACAUGAUCCAGCGCCCGGCCGCCUACGGCUUCCAGGUGUCCGACCGCGGCUGCUGCGGCACCGGGCUGUUCGAGGUGACGCUCACCUGCAACGCAUACACGGCGCACGCCUGCAGGGACCCCACCAAGUUCCUCUUCUGGGACACCUACCACCUCACCGAGACGGGCUACAACCUCCUCAUGGCGCAGAUCAUCAACCGCUACGGUCUGUGGUAGAUUCGGCAUCAUCAAACUUUACAACCUCUAUAUCUGUGUAUGUAUGGACAAGUACGAAUUUGCAGUGUCUCCAGAAUCCUGAUAAGCAGACACCAAUUUUGAAACACUA